AUGGGUAUGGCCCACGCGUCGGCGAAGAAAACGGAGGAGCCAAGCGUAAUAUCAAACGAGGAAGAAUGCGUACCGUGCGUGGAACCGCAGGACAGAGGGCCAGGGAAUCCAGGAAGUUUCGAGGACCUUCACAUAAAGGUGAAGGAUCUAUAUCCUCAGAAUUUCGAAGGAGCACGGCUGACAAUCAACAAAAUACUCAGCCAGCACUUCAACGUAACUCAUUCGAUCAUACUGAGCUCCGUGACUCCGUCCGGUUACAAAUUCGGCGCGAAAUACGUUGGCACGAAAAUGGUGGGCCUGAAAGAGAAAUACCCUCUAGCUGUAGGCGAAAUUUCACCGAAUGGGAACCUGACCGCCUCGCUCGUAAACACUGUAGGUUGUAGAUUCAGAUACAAACUGUCAGCGCAAUUCGACAAACAGAAAUGCGAAGCAUCGAGCUUCAGUGCGGAGUAUCGCGCGAAUGAUUUCACGGUGGCGAUGACCGUGGCUAAUCCACAAAUACUUAAGAAGCAAGGAACGGUGGUGAUACAUUUUUUGCAAUCGAUCACGUCGAGGAUUGCGUUAGGAGCGGAGAUUGCGUGUCUUCGUGGUUGGAAGAUACUUGGGAUCCAGCAAACUAUCAUGUGCAUGGCAUUUAGGUACAGCACGGGACCCACCACGUUUUCUGGUACCGUGGGCGAAGCAGGCUUGCAUUUGUGUUAUCAUCGUAGAGCUAGCUCGCAACUGGAGCUCGGCGUCGAGCUAGACACAAAUUUGCGUACUCAUCAUUCGAUCGCCACUAUUGUUUAUCAGGUGAACGUUCCGUACGCGGAUCUCGUAUUUCGCGGGAUCUUUAAUUCGGAGACCACCGUCGGCGGUGUUUUCGAGAAGAGAUUAUAUCCGAUACCAGAAUCCUCACUGCUUAUUAGCGGCCUCUUAAAUCACAAGAAGCAACAAUUUCGUGUGGGUGUCGGCCUUAACAUCGGACAAUGA